AUGACAGAGGGCCCUGACCCGAGGUAUGCUCGACACCGUGCACUUCACGAGAUAUCAUCAAAUGAUGCACGGAUACAUGCAAGCACGGUUUGCGUCGUGGGGGCGGGGGGCGUUGCUUCGAGCUGUCUGCUUUACCUUGCAGCGGCGGGAGUCCGGAAGCUCAUCAUUGUUGACAACGAUAAGGUAGACGUCACAAAUCUGCAGAGGCAGGUCAUCCAUAACGAAGAGCGCGUCGGAAUAAACAAGGCCGAGAGUGCAGAGACGGUCCUACGAGCGCUCAACAGCAACGUGAAGAUAGUUGUUCGCAAAGAGAAGUUCACGCGUGAGACGGCCCCCAAGAUCCUCGAAGGGCGUGUGGAUUGCAUUGUCGACACGACAGACACCCCCGAGGCGAGGUUCCUUGUUGCCGAGGUGGCCUACAGAAGGUCCAUUCCCUUGGUGCACGCAGCAGCAGUGCGGUUCACAGUGACUCUGACGACGGUGAUUCCAUGGUUGAAGAAGUAUCCGUGUCUCCGGUGUCUCUACAGAGCCAUUCCAAGUCGCGAAUUGCGACAGGUCUCUGACCGCGACGGGAUAUUUGGUCCUGCUGCAGGAACAGCCGGCACCCUUGCAGCAUCCGAGUGCCUCAAGGUCUGCCUCUAUCGAGAUGACAAGAAGCUCCCAGACCUUGCCUUAUGUGGUAGAUUGAUGAUCAUUCACUGUUUUGAGAUGGUGUCACGGACCAUCCCCUACACAAAGAAAGCAGACUGCGCUCUGUGCUGUGAGAUAUAUGACUCGCGAAACGACCAUAAGCUCCUCAAGAGCCUUUAG